AUGGCCGCCUCAAGGCCCAAGCCCCGGUUCGCCACGCCCCUCCCCCAGUCCCCACGCUCCGACGUCCUCGAGUGGAAGUUCCCCAAGCCGCACAGCCAGCUCGUCCUCACCGGCCGGUCCCGCGCCGCCUGGCACACGUCCUUUGUGAUCCCCUCGCUCAACCUGCUGCUGGACGCCGGGCUCGUCGUCAACAACCAGCGGCCCAAGCACAUCUUCCUGACCCACGGCCACAGCGACCACACGCUGCUGGCGCCGGCCUUUGUCAAGCGCGACGACCCGCCCGACGUCUUCUGCCCGGCCCAGAUGCGCAAGGCCUUUGACGACUUUGUGCUGGCCAAGACGCUGCUGAACCUGGGCGGCGAGAUUGGCGCCGAGGACGCCGAGGUCCGGGGCCUGCCCAUCGACGACGCGGUGCUUGCCCGGAGCGAGGAGCUGGGCCGGACGCCCUCGGCCACGGCCUUUCUCAACACGCACUUGACCCGCGGCCUGCGCGACGGCGACACGGUGCCGCUCCGCCGCGCGCAGGGCAUCACGGCCACGGCCUUCGCCUGCGACCACACGGUGCCGUGCCUGGGCUACGUCUUCAGCAAGACGACGCAGCGCCUGCGGCCCGAGUUCGCCUCCCUGGCCGGCCCCGAGCUGCAGGCCCUGCGCCGCGCCGGCACCGAGCUGACGGCUGCCCACACGGCGCCCGUCUUCGCCUUCCUGGGCGACACGACGGCGGCGACGCUGGCCGCCGGGCCCGAGUGGCUGCGCCAGGAGAUCCCCGUCGUCAUCACCGAGUGCAGCUUUCUGUACCCCGAGCACGAGGCCCAGGCGGCCAAGACCAAGCACACGUUUUGGCGGGACCUCGAGCCUGUGAUCCGGCGGUGGCCGCGCACGACGUUUGUCCUGACGCACUUUAGCAUGCGGUAUGAUGACGCUGAGAUUGCGCGCUUCUUCAACGAGAUGCCUGAUCCGCCGGCGAACAUGGUCGUCUGGGCGGAUCUGGAGUGCUGA